AUGGUUUUAGAUGUGCCAAUCGAGAAAGCGACAAUUGGAGUUGCUGGACCACCAAAGUUGCCACCUGGAAAUUUGGGACAAGCAAAAUCAGUCAAAACCAACUUGAAAAAGAUUUUUUUGGAGAAAAAUGUUGUCAUUUACAAAUACGAUGUUGAAAUCGAUCUGAUUUAUGAAAAGAAAAAUGGAGAAGAAGGCAGAAAAUCGUUGACAAAAGGACCGAAAAAUGACUGUGAUUCUCAACAACGCGAGAAAAGAGCAAAUGAAGCUCUUAAGAACUGCUUCAAUAAGAAUGUUUCGUCUCUCUCGGAACUCAAUUUGUUCUAUGAUUCAAAUGCCAGUCUUUACUCAACAAGACAACUCAACAACAUGGUGAGUGUUUUGUUCAACAAAACUUUAUUUAGAAUCAAUGUUUUUGCAGAUCGAAAAUUUGGCUCCAUCGGUUGUUGUUCCAAACGACAAAGAAUGCAAGUCUGUUGAAGUCAAAAUCACGAAAGUUGCUGAUUCGCAUCAAGUAACCACAAAUGAUGUUGCGAAAACAAUCAAUCCAGUUUUCGGAAAAGCCGAUGUCACUCUUCUUGAAGCUUUGAAUGCGCUUAUUACUGGAACAUGUGUGAAAGACGACCAAAUGAUCACAUACAAAGGAACACAUUUCGCAUUAGAUCCUGGAAGUUUUGGUUUUUCAUACCAUGAUUUGCCUGAUUUGGAUGGAAGUCAAUAUUCAGGUGUUGGUUUGUCGAAAGCGGUGAAAUCGUUGGAAGGACCAGCAAAAGGACAAGUUCAAUUACAUUGUGUGACUGAGGUCAAGAAAAGUGCAUUCCAUGCGGAUAAUGAGAAUUUGAUUGAUAAAUGUAAGGCUUUGAUCAGCACCAGAUCGGAAUCGUUCAACAAAAACAUGAGUUCUAUGGAUCCAUCAGCACGAUUUUUGAAAGAAAAGUUGAAAGGUUUGGCGGUUCGAUUGGAUUAUGGACCUAAUAAAGGACUUGGACCGGAUUCGAAAUCGAUUGUUAUUGGAGGAUUUGGACCAAGUGCUUCAGAGGCGACAUUCCUUCACGAUGGCAAAAAAACAUCUGUUUUGCAAUAUUUCAAAGAUCACUUCAAAAUCAAAUUGGAGUAAGUUUUUAUGUUAUAAGUUCUCAUGAUAAGUAAUCAAUAUUUUUCAGAUAUCCAAAUCUCUUCACCAUUUAUGAUGCGAAAAAGAAAGGAAUAUAUUUCCCUGUUGAAGUUCUUCGAGUUGGUGAAAAUCAACGAGUAACAAUUCAACAACAAACAAGUUCUGGUCAACAAGCAAUGGUUAAAGCGAGUGCAGUUUUGCCAAGCAAACGCUUGCAACAAACUGCAAUGUUGACAGAAUGUGCUGGAAUCAAAAACAGCAACCCAGCAUUGAAAGCCGUUGGAUUGACUGUUGAUCCAAAUCCGGUUGUUGUCGAAGGACGAGUUUUGCCAACACCAGCUAUUAUUGCUGGAGAGCAGAGACCAUUGAAUGUUAUCGACAACUGCAAAUGGAAUGUUUCAAAGUACAAGAAAGCUGCUUCGCUUCCAGAAAAAUGGACAUUCUAUGCAAUUUCAGCUGGAGUCAAUAUCAACACGUUUUUGAGUUCUCUUAAACAACGUGUUGUUGCUACUGGUAUGCAUUGGACCAAUCCUGAACUCAAAGAAAUCAACAAUCAAAACGUGGAUGUUGAGAAUAUUUUUGCAACUGAAAAACAAAAAGGAACCAAAUAUAUUUUCUUCGUUGUUCGCGAUAAUUUGAAUCUUCAUCGUGAGUUUUUAGAAGAACUUUGUUUCUAGUUCAUAUAUUAUGUUUUCCAGCAUUGAUCAAGUUGAACGAGCAAAAGUUUGAUAUUCUCACUCAGGAAGUUCGUGCAACUCGAGUUCGUACUAUUGUUGAAAAAGGACAACCACAAACUGUCCAAAACAUUGUUCACAAAAUGAACGAGAAACUUGGUGGUGCAAACUGGGAAGUUGCUGCAUAUACUGGAACAAAUGUCCCGACCAAUUUCCUUGAUGCUCGUCAUAAUCGAAUGUUCAUCGGUUUUGAAUCUUCAAGAUCCCUUGGAGAUAAUAUUGUUGUUGUUGGAUAUGCUUCUAAUGCUUCCAAAAAUCCCCAGUCAUUUAUUGGAAAUUAUAAAUAUGUUCAACAACACAAAGAUGUAAGAUUUCUAAAUUUUGUGCAUAAAUAAUUGGAUUUUUGCAGAUUUAUGGACAAGUUUUGAAGGGAGCUGUUGAAGAAAUGGUUUUGGAAUACAAGGCUAAUCGCAAUGCUCCACCAGCACAUAUUUAUUUGUAUUUCAAUGGAAUCUCCGAGGGACAAUUCACAUUGGUUGCCAAUGAUUAUUCAACAAAAGUAAAGGAAACUUGCGGAAAGUUGAAUGCAUCAUAUCGACCACAUAUCACCAUAAUGUGCACUUCGAAAAUCCACAAUGAACGUCUCUUCAAUGAGGUAAGCAAAAUUUUUAAAAUAAAACAAAUCAGUUUAAGGAUCUUUAUUUUUUCGAUAGUUGAAAGAAAUUGAGCCUAACUUGAAUGUUUUUAUAGAACCAAAUCACGAAAAUUAAACACUUUCUACAGAUCAAUUCCGAAACAUACAUGUUCGUCUCCUGUUUCAAAUAGGAGGCCAAACUAAAACAAUCUAAUAAAUAUUUUUAUUUUUCAGAGAAUCAAUGGAGAAAGAGCUGCUCAACAAAACAUUGCACCAGGAACAGUUGUUGAUAAAGGAAUCGUUUCGCCAGUGCUGAAUGAAUUCUAUUUAAAUGCUCAUUCAGCUUUUCAAGGUAGUGCGAAAACACCGAAGUUUUCGCAUGUUUUCGAUACUUCGAAAUUGUCGAUGAACGACCACGAAGGAAUCGCACAUCAAUUGUGCUUCUUGCAUAAUAUCGUUUCAUCAACAACAAGCCUGCCGGCGCCAAUUUUGAUUGCCGAUCGAUGUGCAAAACGAGGAGCUUCGAAUUUCCAAGUCUCGUGAGUUAUUUUAAAUCGACAUUUUUAAAAAGUAUAAAAAUGUUUUAUUUUCAGACGUUCUGAUACUCGUUCGGUUCUUUCUGGUGGAUCGGAGAAUAUUGAUUUGGACAAUCUCAACAAGGAGCUCUCAUACACCGAGAAAGAACUCUUCAAAGUCCGUUUCAAUGCCUAG